UCCCUGAAACACAUAGUAAGCCAUAGACGACAACAAUAACAACAACACAACAGACUUUGUAAACCAAAGACACGAAUUGUUUUUUAGUGAUUAUUAUUGGAAACGAUCGGACAGUUUAUUGGAUCAGCUAUGGGUAACAUAACCAGCGAUCACAUGGAUUUAAAACACUUUACGGCUCCGCAUAAGUGGCUGCCGGCUCACGAGUGGCCAAACGAUCGCAAAGAGUCGCCGUACGACCCGAUGUACGGCUUUCCGAACGGACGCAAACCCAGAGAAAUGAUUGCCACCGAAGCCGAGAUGGAUUCGGCCAAACUGUUGCCCGAACAGCGCGACUACUGCGCCCACCUGUAUAUGGAGCUCAAGGGCUGUCUCAAGUCUAACUGUCCGCUCGGCUAUCGCUGUCUACACGAACUGCACGCCUAUCACGACUGCGAAUGGGAGGAUCAAGUGUUGAGAAUGAAAGACUGGGAACGGGAGAAACGGCUCCGACAGCGGGACUUAAGGCGACAAAAACAAGAGCUCCGGGAAUCCCAAGAAAAGUUAGGCUAACGUUAAUUAUGGAGAAAUUAUUUUAUUUUUUUUGGUCAACGAUUUUUUAGUGACCAUUUGGGAUAAUUAAUUAAAAAAAAAAACAUUUGUAUAGAGAGUCUCCUAAUUAAUUAAUUGUAAAAAUUUAAUUAUCACUUAAUUUCGGACAUCAAAUUGAUUUUCAAUUUGAUGUUUUAGUUGUCUUAUAAUAAUAAUAAUUAUU